GAUGACUACUAUUCGUCUCUUCUUUGCCAUGGCAGCCAUUCGUCACUGGCCACUUCAUCAAUUGGAUAUCAAGAAUGCCUUCCUACAUGGUGAUCUUGAGGAAGAAGUUUAUAUGGAGCAACCUCCAGGGUUUGUUGCUCAGGGGGAGUCUGGUAUGGAAAUGAUGCUGUUGGAAUAUCUCAACUAAAAGAGUACUUGUGUAGACAUUUUCAAACCAAGGAUCUUGGAAGUCUCAAAUAUUUCUUAGGCAUUGAAGUAGCGCAAUCAAAAGAUGGAGUUGUAAUCUCCCAAAGGAAGUAUGCUCUUGAUAUAUUACAAGAAACAGGCAUGAUUGAUUGUAGACCGGUAGACAGUCCCAUGGACCCAAACCAGAAAUUAAGGACAGAAGAAGGUGAAUUAUUCUCCGAUCCAGAGAGGUAUAGGAGGCUGGUUGGCAAACUGAUUUAUCUCACUAUUACAAGGCCAGAUCUAUCCUUUGCAGUUGGAGUGGUUAGUCAGUUCAUGCAGGCUCCAUGUAUUGACCAUUGGAAUGCUCUCAUUCGCAUUCUAAGGUAUGUAAAGAAGGCUCCCGGGCAAGGAUUGUUAUAUGAAGAUAAAGGAAGCAUUCAUGUCUCUGGGUAUUGUGAUGCAGAUUGGGCAGGUUCACCUAUUGAUAGACGGUCUACAACAGGAUAUUGUGUUUUUCUGGGAGGAAACAUUAUUUCAUGGAAAAGUAAGAAACAGAAUGUAGUAGCUCGAUCAACCGCGGAAGCCGAGUAUAGGGCAAUGGCAUCACUAACAUGUGAACUUAUAUGGGUGAAACAAUUCCUUCAAGAGGUUAAAUUUUGUGACAUCCAUACUAUGAAGAUGUAUUGCGACAAUCAAGCUGCUCUCCACAUUGCAUCAAAUCCAGUGUUUCACGAGAGGACUAAACAUAUAGAAAUUGAUUGUCAUUUUGUUCGUGAAAAGUUGUUGACCAAAGAAAUAUGUACUGAGUUUAUUGGGUCAAACGAUCAACUCGCAGAUGUAUUGACCAAGUCAUUAAGGGGUCCUCGGAUUGAGUUUAUUUGUUCCAAGCUUGGUACAUACAAUUUGUAUGCUCCAGCUUGAGGGGGAGUGUUAGGAUAUUUAUCCUAUUUUAUCAUCAUUAUAGUGUGUCAAGGGUUACCCUAUUUAUCAUGAUUAUAUUAUGUCUAGGAUUACCCUAUUCAUCAUGAUUAUAUUGUGUCUAGGGUUACCCUAUUUAUCAUGUAUUUGUGUAUCAAUUUAUUCUUAUAAAUAGAAGAUUGUGAGAGGGAUCAAUUAAGCCCUCUAGAAUUA